CCAGUUCCGACCUGACUUUGAACAAAACAAAAUCAUCCAGACAAAAUAGUGAAGAACAAAUAUUACGCAGAUACUACUUCAUCGCACUAUGCAUACCCUGUACGCGCUUCUGAAGAACAAGCUGAGCGAUGUGCAUCCCCUACACAACAUUGAUUUGACGCGGGAUGUGGCUUACUUGAAGGCGGUGGUGACCAAGGAGAUGCAGUUGCAAUUCGACGCCAGCGAGUUGGAGAUUAUCCACCAUGGACGCGUGCUAGAAGACGCUGACACCCUCAACCGAACGCUGCAGCCCAACUCCGUGAUCCACUGCUUUCAGAAGAUUAAACGUUACUCGCCGUACGUUCCGCCAGCCGCGACAGAGAUCAAUACCAAACAUAUCCAGGAGCUGUUUUCGUUGACCUCUCACCUGCAAAUCAGCGUUACCUCGCGGUUCAACAUUCUGCAGAAGAUACUCGCCGAGUAUCCGGAAUUCCGGAGAAAUCUAGGUGCGCAGGCUCUUAUCCGCGACUCCGUACUGUUCAACAUGCUGCACGAGCCGGAGGUGGUCCAGAACCUGGUUAAAGAUUAUCCCCUUAUCUGUGAGGCGGCUCCAUUCAUUGUGGACACCAUUCGCAAGGAGCUAGCCAGGAAUAGCUCCGCCACGCAGUUCCAAGAGCAGGCUGCCUCGGAGUCCACCACUUCGUCAGAGGAGGAAAACUCCCUGGGAGCAGGCAGCAGCAGCAGUGGUGGAAGCAGCAGCACAGCCGUGGCAGCUGCCGCGGCCGCCAAUCGGCGUGAUGAGAUGGCUAACAUCCGUCAGAUUAGCCGCCAGCAACUAGCUAACGCUUUGGCCAACGUGACCUCGUUUAAUUCACUAUCAAAUAUUGCACAGAGAAAUGCGGACGAGGCGUUGCAGGGUGAUGAAAGACCAAGAACCACCUCGGCUCCAUUAGCAGGCGUUGGAGCAGCGGCAACCGCCGCAGGAAGCAGCAGUGGAGCCAUUAACAGCGGCUCCAUAUCUUCAGAGUUGUUCCGCAACGAGCUGGCCCGCGCUUUUCAGUCCCUGGCGCAGAAUCAACCUGCGCCCGUGGAGAACAUGGAGGUGGAAUCCGGAGGAGGACCAGUCCCAGAGCUAGUGGCCACAGCACCAGUUGAUGAUGUGGAUGACGAGGACGAUGGUGGUGACGACAGUGAUGUGCUGCCACGCUGCUAUCGCCGUCAUCGGUUCACUGAACAACUGCGUACCAUGGCCGCCAUGGGCUUCAUUAAUCACACCCAGAACGUUAAUUAUCUAGAACUUUCCGAUGGGAAUGUGGAACACGCUAUUAAUCUGCUUAUGUUGGGCAUGAACUAAUAGGGAUCGGUAUUGACUAAAUAGCCAACUUUAUGUGCUUACUUUACGGACUUAUAUUUAUUCUGCUGCUGAGGAUUCUGAAGAAUUUACUCCCAACUUAAGCAAGGAAUAUCUCGCAAGAACUUGAAAUAAUUAAAUAUACAUUUAAAAGAGUCA